CAUUCUCAGCUUGCUUGCAGAACAGCCCCAUGCAUGUGGCGUAGACUCGGACCUACCGGUACCUCUUGAUCCUGAUCCAAGUUCAAUUUGUCAUCAUAUUCUUGUCCUAUGAGGCUCCUGCACAAGUGUGCCACGCUUGUGAGCUGCUGCACGCUCUAUGCCGUUGCACGAAUGGCGCUAAGAAUAGCUUUGGCUGGCGCUCCGGAAGAGAAUUUGCAACCUUUUAUUCCAGUGGUGGAAGUUCUGCCGAAGCCCGUAUAAGAGUGGAUAUCAUCAAUGCGGUCCACACUUUCCCAGACACUCCAAAAUGUUUUGCAUCAUUGGGUGGAGUGACACAAUUCCUUUCUAGUGGCAUUGCUGACUAAAGCUGCAGAAAGACUUCUGGAAAGAUAGACCUUGGGCGAUCACGCUACUCGAUACUUGCAUUUCUGCGCAAGAAGUGCAGAGAGUAGAAAGUGGACUGUUUAAAGUCUAUCUAAUUCCAAUUAUGAUAUCCCACGGUCGCUGAUCAAAUCUGUAAUCCCCCACAAAACCCUUCGCAGCUGUUCCAUCCAUAGGCUACGCAUUGAGCACCUAACAAAGAAUCCUUUAGAGGGUUUUUGGAAGUUAAGCAAUGCUUAUUUAGCUUAGCGGGUGCUGUUUGCAUGAUGCGGAAAUAAUUACUGGCAUCUGAAUGGAAGUGGCGGAGCCCGCCGGUGGCAUUCCAGUGGGGUGGACUUCUGGGCCGGUAGGGGGCGUUGCUGUAGGCACCAAGAAGAAGAAAAAGCAACAGGACGGGGGGCGUGAGGAGGGCCACCACCUACCCCAGAAGCGCGUUAAGGACGUCGAACUGGUGGUGCCCAUAGCUUAUGGCACCAUAUCCUUCUGGCUGGGAAAGAGGGCGACGGAGACGAAGGCCUACCAGUGGGCCGUGUACGUUCGAGCUGCCAACAAUGAGGACCUGUCUGCGGUGAUCAAGAAAGUGGUGUUCAGCUUGCAUCCCAGUUUCGAGAAUCCAACGCGAGUCGUCGACAAGUCCCCGUUCGAGCUGUCGGAGUGCGGGUGGGGCGAGUUCGAAAUCACGCUCACGAUCCACUUUCACAGCGACGCAACCGACCGACCAGCGGAACUGACACACCAUCUCAAGCUGUACCCGGAAGCGGAGGCGGCUCCCAAUCCGAAGCGACCGGUUGUUUCCGAGCACUACGACGAGGUUGUCUUCCCGGACCCGGGGGAGGCCUUCUUCGAGCGGGUCAAAGACAGCCCCGCCGUAACCGUCUCGGUAACCGGCGACGGCGCGCCCCCCUCCGCCAUCGAAGCAGCCACGCGGCCGCAGAUCGAGCGGGCGGGCACGCCUCCGGUUCCGGACGCUUGCCCAGCGGACGGAACUCUGGCCAUGGUAGCGGGAAAGGGGGACGGCAGCACGCUGAACCAUCCGCUCCGGCCUUUCUAUCUGAAGCACUCAGAUGCGAGCGAGCUUCGAAAGCUAGCCGAGGCAAAGGAGCAAGUCGCGGCUCGAAUGGAAAAGUUGGAGAACGCUGUUGUCGCAGUCGAAGAGGAGAUUGCUCAGCUGCGAAGCCAGCUGGUUGACGGUCCUGUGUCGGUGUAAUAGUCUGCAUCGAAGGAGGUUCUGUGGAGCCAGACGGUGUAUGCUUCAGUCCAAAAGUCGGUAGCUCUUGAAUUUCGAAAAGCACAACAUUGAACUGCCAUUGGGGGACGUCUACUUCUCAUGGUCUGAGGCGAUUCUCACCCAAGAGAGAGUCGCACAUGAGCAGAUCAUGUUGGGCUCAGGAAUAUGCAGGACAACUCAGACGGUUGCAAUCUGAGAAGUUCGACCUGCCAUGAUUUGGUCAGUGGAUACAGAACACGAAUGCAACUGGCACCCUCGUGCAUUCGAGAUGCAUUUAGCAGUGAGAAUGGCC